GCAAUUUACAUGCAAGAGACAAAAACCUCAAAUUAAGUGUUGUUCUGUAACAACAGUUUGAUUACAAACUUUUCCUGUUCAUCUUCACUGGAAGUAUGUCUAGAAGCCAGAUUUAUUACUCGAACGUUUACAUGGACGACCAGUAUGAAUACAGGCAUGUUGUUCUUCCUCAGGAAAUGGCUAAGCAUGUCUCAAAAUCCCACUUGAUGUCUGAAGAUGAGUGGAGACAGCUGGGAGUGCAGCAGUCCCGAGGCUGGAUCCACUACAUGAUACACGAACCAGAGCCUCAUAUCCUACUGUUUAGAAGACCUCCACCAAGACACUGACCCAAUCCUACCACAUCUUAUUGGGAAGUCGUGCUGGACUUGCAAUUAGCAACAAUUGCUUUGUUCAACCAGAAGGAAAAAAACUGACUUGUGAUGUUUAUCAAGAAGCAAUUUUGUCGUAAAGAAAUAAUGCAAUGGAACACCUGACGGCCCACGUGACCAGUAGGAAGGUUGCUGUGUAGCUAAAUAUUUGCAUAUGAACUCUAUAGAAGAAUGCUUAAACAAUUGUGCUGCUGUCAUACAGUUUCAGUUUUUCCAUGUUUUCUUUGCUGACAGCAUUUUCCCCUUUUGGUUGUUUUUUCUCUUUUGGACACAAGAGGGUGCUAUAAUCUUGUUUUAAAAUUUAAAUGGAAACAUCUUAAACAGUAAGUUAUGCAGAGGUAUUGUCCAGGUCAACUGCAUGUCUUUUUCCCAGAUGCACUUUAGCUCAAUACAAAGUUUCUAAUGUGAAAAACAACAAUAAAGCCUCACCACACAGUAUUUUCCCCUUACGGAAUAGUCAUCGGUCUUUAAAUCUAUAAUCCAUUUCUUUAAUAAUCAGCAUCUGUUUUGCCAAUUAGAUUCUAGGAAACAGUCGUCCUGUUCCAAUGCUGUAAUAGAUCUACAAGAAGAAGUCAUUGGAUAAUAAAUUAUUCAGGUGGAAGAAAAUGCUUUUUGUGGAAAAUGCUGAUGUGAUACACUGUGAUUCAGCAGAGUUGGAACUUGCAUAGCUGCAGGAUUCAUUCAAAUAAGUACCACUGUUGCAAUGGUACUUGCAACAGUUAUAAUUGCGAGUAAAAGUUUCCCUUUUAAAGAAGACCCAACUUUGAUAGAUUACAUUAUAAAACGAUGACUAUUAAAACAGCAUUAGUGUUAAUUACAUUACAUAAAUUUGCUCUGUGAAGUAAAAAAAGAAAUCCAGACCCCAGCAGGAUUAAUCCAAAACAUGCUUAAGAAAACUUCUAUGAAAGAACUGCAUAAUAAAGUUUAGCCUUGUGCCUAACGUGCCUUGCAACAGAACAAAACAUGGAAUAUACCCCAUUCAGUGUUUUGGUCUACUGUAAAAACGAACUUUGUUGGAUUUUUACAGUAAAAGCCAUAUGUGUGCAGUAUGCAUUUGUUUUAGGAGUAUGAACAACUACUAACUUUUCAGCAUUUUUGAAAACCAGUAGUUGCUCAACAUGACAUGAUCCAUUCAAUACAAAUCAGACAGGAAUAAAGCAAUUUAUUUCAAGACUAAAACCACAUGUUUCUU